AUGGGCAUUGGGCCUGCGAAGAUCGAGAGUCAUGAGGACCUUGAAGAGGGAAGACGCGUGGUGGUCCUGGUGCACGGUUUGGCUUCCUGCGCGCUCCAAGCGUGCACGGAAGGGGGCGAAACCAGCUUCCUAUGCGAUCACUGCGACAGUGAGGUUGAGCACCCGCGGAUCGUGUUUGUUAGCAUCGCGGAGCUCCUGAAGAGACCCCACAUCAUGAAGUGCCUGGGCUUGAAGCUGGAGGAAGCGACGAGCCGGGAUGGAUUGGAGACCGUCUCGACCAGCUGUGGGUACACCAACGUGGACGUCGGCCCGGUGCUGGGCCUGGAUGGCAUUCGGACGCUGAAUCCGGGGCCCGAGUCUUCCGUCACGCCGGUGUACCUUUGGCACACCCUUAUCGAGCAUUUGUCUCCGAAUUACAACUGCAUGGCCUUCAACUACGACUGGCGGAGGUGGGGAGAUCUGCUUUACGUCGAUGAGCUGCAAACGCAGUUCGAGCAGACCAUCGAGCGAGCGGUCAGGAUCGCAGGAGGGCGUCCCGUCACCUUGGUCGGCCACUCGAUGGGCGCGCAGGUGAUCAACUACAUGCUGGGCGUGAAGGGCCCCAACUGGACGGAGAAGCACGUCUCCGAUACGGUCCUCGUGGGGCCCGCGAACAUGGGCUCCCCGUCGGUCUUCGCCGCGUACGCGAACGGCCCCAGUCAGGUGGCGCACAGCACCGUCAUCCCCUUGGCCGACAUCGCGGAAGUUAGAAUCCGUGAUGUGGCUUCGACCUGGCCGGGGCUGCUGGCAGUGAUGCCCACGCGGCUGGCUGGCUUUGACGUGUUUGAAGCUAAGCCCCUGGCCAUCCGCAAGAACGUGCGGGAGUACCACGCUGGGGACUGCAUCCCCUUCCUCGAAGACGUCCAAACGUGUGAGGACACAGAUCCACUGGGCAUCUAUGAUGAGGACCAGUCCUUGCACGAGAGGAUGCGGCGGUGUCUGGAAGACUUAAACCUGGUCGAUGCCAAGCGUGUUUGGGAAGCAGGAUUCCCCCUGGCAGCGCGGAUGCGGCGUGGGAUUGAGCAGAAGAUCAUGCCCAACCUCAAACCUCCCCUUGGUUGCCGCGUUCACGUUGUCUAUUGCGCUGAUGUCAAGACGCUCAGCGUCAUGACUUUUCAUGAGAACCUCCUGCGGAAGGCUGGCCAUGCGCAAUGGGAACCUGGGGAUGACACGAUCAUCGCCUCGAGCGUGGAACGCAUGUGCGACCUGUGGAAGGAGAAGGGCGUGCAGGUUCGCAAGUACCGCGCUCAAAAGACUCAUCACAAGAACUUGAUCUCGUGCAAGUUCAUGAUGCACGUCAUCGAUGACGUGAUGGACAUGGCAGAAGGGAAUUGUGAAACCUCCGAGAUGAGCGUUGACUCGGAGGAGACCGGGGACAGUGAAUUGGGGUGGUGCGGUGUUGCUGAAUAG